CGAGGGUGCUGGCCUUGGCGCCCCUGGUCCUUGGCGCUCGGCGGUCUCGCCUCACCGCCGCGUGGGAGCGUCGGGACUCGAAGGCGCAAUCCGCCCUCGGCCAUGGCGGCGCACGGGAAGUUGCGGCGGGAGAGGGAGCUGCAGGCCGAGUAUGAGGCACAAGUCAAAGCGAUGCGCUUGCAGUUGGGUGAGCAGCUCCGUUGCCUGGAGCUUCAGGGAGAGCUGCGACGGGAUUUGCUGCAGGAGCUAGCUGAGUUCAUGCGGCGCCGGGCCGAGGUGGAGCUGGAGUACUCUCGGGGCCUGGAAAAGUUGGCUGAACGGUUUGCCAGCCGCAGUGGUCGCCUUGGGGGCAGCAGCCAGGAGCAGCAAAAAUUCCGGAAGGAGCCGACUCUCCUGUCACCCUUGCACUGCUGGGCCAUGCUGCUGGAGCACACACGGCAGCAGAGUCGGGAAAGUGCCGCCCUCAGUGAGAUGAUGGCUGGGCCCCUGGCUCAGCGCCUGAGUCACAUCGCUGAGGAUGUGGGACGCAUUGUCAAAAAGAGUAAGGACCUGGUGCAGCAGCUGCAGGAUGAGCUCCUGGAGGUGGUCUCAGAACUUCAGACAACCAAGAAGACAUACCAUGUGUACCACUUGGAAAGUAUGAAUGCUGAGACCAAACUCCGGGAAGCUGAGCGGCAGGAGGAGAAGCGCUCAGGCCGGAGUGCCUUAUCUGCCACCACUGCUGCCUCUGCCACCACCACAAGUACUGUUACUGCCACGACCACCACUGAGGCAGGGCCCCUCCGAAAGAGCUCUCUCAAGAAAGGAGGGCGGCUAGUGGAGAAGCGUCAGGCCAAGUUCUUGGAGCAUAAACUUAAGUGCACUAAGGCCCGAAAUGAGUACCUGCUCAGCCUGGCCAGUGUCAAUGCCGCCGUCAGCAACUACUACCUACAUGACAUCUUGGACCUUAUUGAUUGCUGUGACACAGGUUUCCACUUGGCCCUGGGACAGGCCCUCCGGAGCUACACAACUGCUGAGAGCCGCACCCAAGCCUCCCUGAUGCAGGGUUUAGGCAGCCUGGAAGAGGCUCUGGAGGCCCUGGAUCCUCCAGGGGACAGGGCCAAGGUCCUUGAGGUUCAUUCCAUGGCCUUCUGUCUCUCUACACAUUUUGACUACCAACCCCAUGAAGGUGAUGAGGUGGCUGAGAUCCAGGUUGAGAUGGAACUUCGGGAUGAGAUUUUGCCCAGAGCCCAAAAUAUCCAGAGUCGCCUGGACCAAAAGACCAUCGAGACAGAAGAGGUGAAUAAGACACUGAAGGCAACACUUCAAGCUCUGCUAGAGGUGGUGGCGUCAGAGGAUGGGGACAUGCUGGACUCUUUGCAGGCUAGCCCUUCCACCGAGUCCCUCAAGUCUACAAGCUCAGAUCCAGGCACCCGGCAGGCAGGCCGCAGACGGAGCCAGCAGCAGGAGACAGAGACCUUCUAUAUUACGAAGCUGCAGGAAUAUCUGAGUGGCCGGAGCAUCCUUGCCAAGCUGCAGGCCAAGCAUGAAAUGUUGCAGGAGGCUAUUCAACGAGGUAACAAGGAAGAGCAAGAGCCAUCUUGGACCCAGUGCACAGAGAGAAAAUUCCUCGAGAGCCAUCACACCCAUCCUAGCUCCCAGUAUAACCAGAGACUUUUUGGAGGAGACUUGGAGAAAUUUAUUCAGAGCUCAGGCACACCUGUGCCCCAUGUGGUGGAGAGCUGUAUCCGCUUCAUUAACCUCAAUGGCCUGCAGCAUGAAGGCAUCUUCCGGGUAUCAGGUGCCCAGGCCAGGAUCACGGAGAUUCGAGAUGCCUUUGAAAGAGGGGAGGACCCUCUGGUGCAUGGCUGUACUGCUCAUGACCUAGACUCAGUGGCUGGGGUCCUGAAGCUGUACUUCCGGAGCCUGGAGCCGCCACUCUUCCCCUUGGACAUGUUUAAUGAGCUGCUGGCUUCAGCAGAACUGGAAGCUGUGGGUGAGCGGGUGGAGUCCGUGAGCCAUCUGUUAUCCAGACUGCCCAGACCUGUCCUAGUGGUCCUGCGCUAUCUCUUCACCUUCCUCAAUCACCUGGCCCAGUACAGCGAUGAGAACAUGAUGGACUCCUACAACUUGGCUGUAUGCUUCGGGCCCACACUGGUGCCUGUGCCCACUGGCCUGGACCCUGUAGCCUUGCAGGGCCGGGUGAACCAGCUGGUGCAGACUCUUAUCCUGCAACCAGCACGUGUUUUCCCAUCCCUGGCUAUGUUGCCAGGCCCCAUCUAUGAGAAGUGCAUGGCACCACCUUCUGCCAGCUGCCUAGGGGAUGGCCAGCUGGAGAGCCUCACUGGGGAGCCAGAGCCAGAGUUGGAAGCUGGGAGCACAGCUCAGGAGGAUGACCCAGAGGGCAUUGUGGAGGCUGUGGCCUGCUUUGCCUACACUGGCCGCACAGCCCAGGAGCUGACGUUCCAGCGAGGAGAUGUGCUGCGACUGUAUGCUCGGGCAUCCAGGGACUGGUGGCGAGGGGAGCAUUCUGGAGUACGGGGUCUCAUUCCUCAUAAGUACAUCACACUUCCGGAGGAGGAUGAGAAGCCGAUGGCUGGUCCAGGAUUGCAAGCUGCAGGAGAAUAUGGGAGUCAUCCAGAGGGCUCCCUGAGCUUGGAGAGUACCAGUCGGCUGGAACUAGGCACCCCACCUGAGGCUAUGGGUUCCUCUGGGCACAGACGACACUGUUUGGUCCCUACCUCUCCUGAGCAACACGUGGAAAUGGAUAAGGCUGUGGUGCAGAACAUGGACUCUGUGUUUAAGGAGCUCUUGGGAAAGACUGCUGUCCGCCAGGGCCACAGGCCAGCAUCUAUACCCUCCCCCAGCCUAGGAACCCGAAACCUGAAGCCCCUGGCCUGCAGCAACUUCAGCAAAAACAAAGUCUUCUCCAGGGGACCUGGGGCUCCAGCUUCCCCCUCAGCUCCCCAUGCCCAGGGUCUAGAUUCAACUCGCAAGACACUGUAAGGCAGCUUUCCCUCCAGCCCACCACCCCCAGGCCUACUGCUUCACCUCAGCCCUAUUCUAGGCCUCUUUGGGAGGUGGCGAAGGAGGGAGGCUGGAGACAAUCCCCCUGCGUCUUUGCUUAGAAGCCUUGGGCGGUGCCUGUGGAAGAUGAAAGUGGCAGCAAUUCAUAAAGACCCAUGAGCUGGUUGCUGUUGUAAUAGCCUACACUCUGUCUUGGGGGGCUGAACAGGUCGGGUGCAGGGCAGCUUCCAGAGCCUGCAUUGCUAGGUGCCAGAUGCCAAGACAGAAGGUUGAACAGCUCCAACAGUUCUCUUCCAGGAAAGGGUCCUCUGACAUGGAGCUGUUUAUUGUCACUUGG